UUGAUUGAAGAAAUUCAGAAAAUGGUGGAUGGACAUCGGCGCAUGCGUAAACAUUUUACUAUACUCAGACAGAAAGUGAGACAGUAACGAGUGGCGCAUUGUUAAAUGUGUAACGCCUAUAACUCUUGGAUUUCGCUGUGUGAUUUGACUUUAACCGCUCCAAGUCGAGAUGUUUGGCUUUCAUAAGCCGAAGAUGUACCGCAGCCUUGAUGGAUGUUGCAUCUGCAGGGCAAAAUCCUCCAGCUCUCGUUUCACUGACAGCAAACGCUAUGAGAGAGACUUUCAGAGCUGCUUUGGUUUAGGAGAGACUCGCUCUGGUGAAAUCUGCAACGCUUGUGUCCUGCUGGUAAAACGAUGGAAGAAGCUUCCCGUUGGUUCCAAGAAGAACUGGAAUCAUGUGGUUGAUGCAAGAGGGGGACCCAGUCUGAAAACUACAGUGAAGUCAAAGAAAGUCAAAUCCCUGUCCAGACGGAUCAGACCGAACCAGAUCAGCAGAGUUCAGAAGGAGCUGAAGAGACACAAUUCAGACGCUCACAGCACCACUUCCAGCACCAGUCCCGCCCAGUCACCCAGCUACAGUAACCAGUCAGAUGAAGGUUCUGACGCUGAGUUGACUCCUGGUUCCGCCCGUUCUCCAGUCUUUUCCUUCUUGGACCUGACAUAUUGGAAAAGGCAGCGAGUAUGUUGUGGCAUCAUCUAUAAAGGUCGCUUUGGGGAGGUUCUGAUUGACCCACAUCUCUACAAGCCCUGCUGUCAGAAAAAACAGGAGCAAGAGCACGAAGAAGAAGAAGAAGAGGAGGAAGAGGAAGAGGAGAACGGAGACCUUGAAAAAGAGGAGGUGCAGAGCAGUCAAGAAAUUCUCUCGUCUAUUCAACCGCACUCCUCUCCCCAAAUAAAAAUGGAGCAGGAAGUGGAUGAGGAGUGGUGAUGCCACAUUCCCAGGGUACUGAAUUGGCAUUCUUAGAAAGCCUUCGAGAGUCAGAGGCGUAGUGUUGCCCCUCGGACACUCUCAAAGAAGUUCUCUCGGAUUGCCUUCGAUUCAAGAGCAGCUGGAUCCUUGUUCGUCUUUUCCUGUUUCUUUCCUCCUUGUUGAGAAUGCGUCUCUUUCAUUUCCUUUGCAGUUGAAUCAACUUUUAUUUAUCAAACUGAACUGGCAUCCUUGUAUUUUAGAGCCUGGUACCACGCUAUUCCAGUUCACCCAUUCUUCUUCUUCUUUUUUUUGUUGACCAGGAAAAAUGAGUUUCCUUUUUUUGCUAUCCCACUCAAACACAGAAUGCUGGAUCUACAUAUAUCAUGCAUAGAAAUGCAGAGAACAGACUUGGACAGUGACCACAGUCAUACGCUGUCACUUUUGUACCCUUGAGCACCAUAAUGCCCUUCCUCUGGGGUGACUGUCUCUGCACUUGGUGUACAGUAUUUAGUAUACAGCAAGCAGCAUCUGCUUAAUUCUAGCUCAGUGAAGAUGAUAUUCCACCAUUCCAACUGGGAUAUAGCCAUUAUUUAGGGAAGCCUUUGAUCUUUUGAUCUUUGCCUUUUAUAUAUUUAUUUUAGUGCUGUCAAAUGAUUAAUUGUGAUUAAUUGCAUCCAAAAUAAGUUUGUGUUUACAUAAUAUACAUGUGUGUAUAUAUAUAUAUAUAUAUAUAUAUGUAAAUAUUUCUUAAAUAUAUGCAUGUAUGUGUGUGUAUUUAUAUAAACAUAAUAAAUAUACACAGUACACACACGUAUAUUAUGUAAACACAAACUUUUAUUUUGGAUGCGAUUAAUUGUUUGACAGCACUAAUUUAUAUAAUUCUGUCUUUGUCUUUAUUGUUAAGGCCUGCUCUGUUUUUUUUCCUCUUGGUUUGUAUUUAAAGGGACAGGUCACCUAAAAAUGUAAAAAAAAAAAAAAAAAAAAAGAAGGAAAAAAAUGUCAUUAUUCUGUCAUUCACCCUCAUUUUGUUUCAUACGGAGUCCCGGCCUAAAGGGACAUGGUGCUGGAAAAAAAUAUGAGAUGGAAGGAAAAAAUAUAAACGUUUUGCGUUCCCCUGAAAAACUUUACAAGAACGCAAAAGCAUUCACAUAUAAUUUUUCCUCCCAUCUCAUUUUUUUUUUCCAUCUCCAUGUACCUCUAGGGGCUCUGUAGUUUCAUUCUCCUUUAAAUUUCUUUCCUUUUUUGCUUGACGCAAAAAGUGAUUUUUUUUUUUUUGAAGAACAUCUGGUUGCUUUAUUCUAUAUAAUGGAAGUGAGUGGGGACUGGGACUGUCAAGCUCCAAAAUGACAAAAAGCACCAUAAAAGUAUCUUAAAAAUCAAUAUGUGUGCUGUAUUCCAAGUCUUUUGAAGCCAUAUGUUAGCAAUAAAUGUAGUCCAUAUGACUUUGACAGACAUAAAACUUUAUUUUGUCAUUUUGGAGAUUGAUGGUGCCAGUCCCCAUUCACUUUCAUUAUAUGGGAAAAAAAUGUAGGAUAUUCUUCAAAAAAAAAUCAAAUUUUUUUGUGUUUAAUAUAAGAAAAAUGAAGUAGAAUGAUGUGAAGGUGAUUAAAUGAUGGCAGUUUUUCUUUUGUUUUAGGGUGAACUGUGACUUUUAAACCCUGAUUUCAGUUCAAGUUGUCUGUAUUCAGCCACUAAAGGGCAACAAAUUUAACUCAUAGUGUUUUACUGCAAACAUUUCCCCAGAUAGCAUUUCUAUGGUGCUGAAGCAGACUGGGUACGGCCAACCAAAAAUGAUGCCUGGUUAUCAACACUCUUGUAUUCAGUGUACUAAUGUAAAUAUCCAAAAGUGUAGAUUUAAGGUUUUUGGUAAAGAUCAGUGUCGAGCAUGAACGCUAAGGAAACUAUUGUCUUUAUGAAAAUCUGCAUGAAUUUUGCAUGGCUUUCUAUGAAGAUUUUUAUUUGAUUUUGAUUUGCAAUCAUGUUGCAACAUUAAUCAUUUGGGCAAAUUUUGAGACAGUCCCAAUAUAUAUUUUUGUAGAUAAAUGAAAGAAAAGAACAAAAAUGAAAUUAGAUUUUGACAAACAACUGUCAGUGUUGUUUAAUUAUGACAAGGAUUUAAUUGUCUUCAGAUAUUUUUUAGAAUUGGAUAUUUUCAAUAUUGCCUCAUUCAAAGCCAAAAAGCCCAACAUUUUUGCUAUUUAUUCUGUCAUCUUAUAUACAUGUGUUCAUAUACCUCCUUUCUCUCUCCCUCUCUUCCUUUUGUAAAUAGUGUUCUUGCAAUGACAGAUUUUAUUAUUUUUUUUCUCUCUUUUUUUAGUGUCAUGAAAUAUUUGAGCACAUGGUCUAAACGUUUUGUUUAUUUUUUGUUUGAUAUGUUUUUUUUGUGCUUUUGCCUUUUUCUCCAGGGAAAACUUUCAAAAUACUGAAAUGCUAAUCAAUGUCAGCUUGUACAUUUUCAUUAAUAAUUACUCGUGUAAUAAGCUUUCAUAUAUAAGGAGUAUUCAUACUAUAUAUCCUAAGUUUUCCCUUAUAUGUUCCAAUAGGUCUGUCCUGUCAGUUUUUUAUGAUUUUAUUGUUUAUGAUGGCCUUGGCUGUCUUGGAUUGUACAAAUUACGUUGACGCACACAUAAUUCUGUUGAAUUCCAGAGGGCGGCGCUAGAGAGUUCAUUUGUUUCACACAAAACACUCAAUUGCACAUUAAUUGUAAUUCUCUCUCUCUGGGGAAUUUAUUUAAUAUCAGCUCAGUUUUGAAAUGGGUAUUUUGAUGGUGGCAGCUUGUGGCUUUAGUGUGAAAUUUAGUCGAAUAUCACGAAAUGACAUGAACAAUGACUGUAUUUGUGGUAACAUCUGUUCAGCUGAAGCACUUGGGGUUUUCUAUCGUGUCAUCUCUAUGUCGGCAUUAUUUGUAAAUAUAAGAUGUGUAAGACUGAACAACGGUUAUUAUGAAUACUCUUUUGUCUUAUUUAUUUCAUAUUUAUUUGUUUUGUUUUCUUUUUAAGUCUCAUCAGAUUUUGUCGUAGGACUGACCUGUCUGUCCUAACACUGCAAUAUGGACUGGAAAUGCUUUUACACAGAUGGUAGGCUGAGAUUCACUAAACGUAAUGGAGAACUUCAGGACUGGACAGCUGUAAAAACAAUUUUUUUUUUUUUAUGUGUUUAUGCUAAGUACAACAAUUUUAUUUUAUUAUUAUUUUUAUACUUUUGUUUGAGGGUGUCUAAUGCCCACAUACCUUUCCUUAGACUAGUCCUUUAGUUGUAGUGCUACAGGCAUGUAUGGUAGCUAUGCACUUUGUAUUCAUAUUAUUAGAGAUAUAUGAAGCAGGUUUUGUAUUUUUUUACAUAUUGUACUUUUUACUUCCUCAAUAAAUGUAACUUGUGAUGGUUA